CAUCUACAAACCUUCAACGUUUCCCGCCCGGUCUAAUUGAUGCAUUCAGGCCACAUAACCAGGUUUCUUUCUCAUUCAUUUCGAUCACAGUCCACUUCAGGAAAUCGUUUUCUCAGAAUGACUGAGGCUGCAGUUACGCGCUUCUUCCAGUCGCCUCAGUUCGCCGUGGCGGGUGCGAAUAACGAUCCUAGCAGGUUUGGCUAUAGGAUCUUUGCAUGGUAUCACCAGCACUCGUUACCAGUGACUCCGAUCCAUCCCCGUGAACAAACCAUCAGAUUGCCCUCGCGAGAAUAUUCUGUCGCAUCGUCCCCGAAAUCACUAACUCAGCCUACCGAGACUUCGCUGUCGUUUGUCACGCCACCUCCGGUAACAAUUCAGCUGUUGAAAGAGGCUCACGAGAUAGGUAUACCAGCGGUAUGGUUUCAACCCGGUACAUACAACGACGAGGUGCUGGACUAUGCGCGAUCCAACUUUGAGGCCGUGAUUGGGGGUCCCGGAGGUGCAGGCAGCGAGGGAUGGUGUGUUUUGGUUGACGGUGAAGAUGGACUUGAAUCUGCUGGUCGUACUUGGAAGCAGCAGAAGCUGUAAGGGUGAAUUCAAGCAGUGUAGUUGCAUUCGAUAGAGUUG